UCUUUAUUUUAGUGCCACAAUGGCAACUGCACCUUACAACUACUCCUACAUCUUUAAGUACAUCAUUAUUGGGGACAUGGGUGUAGGAAAGUCCUGCUUGCUUCAUCAAUUCACAGAGAAGAAAUUUAUGGCGGACUGUCCCCACACAAUUGGUGUUGAAUUUGGCACAAGAAUAAUUGAAGUUAGUGGCCAAAAAAUUAAGCUACAGAUUUGGGAUACGGCAGGACAAGAGCGAUUCAGGGCUGUCACGCGAAGCUACUACAGAGGAGCAGCAGGGGCCCUCAUGGUCUAUGACAUUACCAGAAGAAGUACGUAUAAUCACUUAAGCAGCUGGCUGACAGAUGCAAGGAAUCUCACCAAUCCAAAUACUGUGAUAAUCCUCAUAGGAAAUAAAGCAGAUCUGGAAGCACAGAGAGAUGUUACAUAUGAAGAAGCCAAACAGUUUGCUGAAGAAAAUGGUUUAUUGUUCCUUGAAGCAAGUGCAAAAACUGGAGAGAACGUGGAGGAUGCCUUCCUGGAGGCUGCCAAGAAAAUAUACCAGAAUAUCCAAGAUGGAAGCCUGGAUCUGAACGCGGCCGAGUCGGGUGUACAGCACAAACCGUCCGCCCCGCAGGGGGGGCGGCUAACCAGCGAACCCCAGCCCCAGAGAGAAGGCUGUGGCUGCUAGUGACCUCUGUUCCGUGGCUCCAUUCCUGACCUUCCCCCUCGCUCUGUUGGGAGCGGUGCUUUUGACUGCUUCCCUGUCUUCUGUACAUCUUAUUGGGUUUAAUUAAAACUCUGAGAAAAUUUAACACAGUACUAAACUGCUAAACGACUUUAGAUGUAAUCAGGUUAUCAAAGGCAAGUAGAGUAAUAAAAUCUCUCCUGCAUGGUAAAUCUAGAAGUUUUUUUUCCUUGAUUGUCCUUGUGAUAGUGUCACCAAUACAUAAUUUAAACUGAGCACUGAUGCUGGACUCUUGAUUUUACACUUUUGCAGGGCUUUGUCUUGUAUGGUUUAAUUUUAUGGUUCCUCAGCCUUUCUUCCCCACCUCUAACUGUUUAGAGCUGUCUGUAGUAAAGGAUAAGUUUUGCUGUGAAGUGACUUCUGAUGGCAGAAAGGGGCUCUGCAACCAUGUGCUCUUGUUGAAAGCAUUCCCUGUGGUGUAUGUGCUGGGGUAGGGGUGGGCUGGUGCAGGAGUGUACAACUUCCUUCCAUCUUAACCUAGCACAAGAAAACAAUCCAUUAAUUCUUGUGCUCAUAGCUUUACAUCAUUUUUUGCCACUUUUAAUCCUUUACAUUUGUUAACAGAACGUAAAUAUGUAUAAAAUUUGAAGGAACUGAGCUAACAGUUAAAUACAUCCUGUGUAUAUGAUUUUAAUGAAGAAAAUGAUUACUGGCAUUAGAACAGUAUGUAAGAAAAUAUCAGUUUGUACAGUAUGGACCUAUAUGUGACCACAUUGCUCCAUUAGUACUACAACAAUAGACGUAACCGCAGUUCACUAACAUAGGCUUAACUCCUUGGUGUUGACAGUGGACAUUGUGCUGGGGGAACUCUAAUCCCAAUGCAGAAAUUAACACUAGUGGAAUAUGUCUGUCAUCUUUGCACUGUGGUAUCUCUGCCAUUUUAUUAAUCCUGUUCUGUGCAAUCAGCAGUGUGCUAACCUGCUUCUCUUCUGUAAGCAUUUUGCAUUAUUGGGCUUCAUUACCUGCCUGCAUUGUAUACAAAGGCUGGUUUUCUUGCACAUCUUAUGCUUUUAUACCUGUAACUUUUUGAAUGGUCAGAUACUGAACUGGACAGUCA